AUGCCUCACGUGAGAGAGGAUCUUGUUGAUCAAAUUACGGAAGCGGGCUUCACGAGAGAACAAGCGAUUGCAGCACUCAACAAGGCUAACAACAAUGUAACGAGAGCUUUUGAUUUUCUCUUGUCUGAUAUACCUCUUCAUAAUGAUGAGUAUGAAAUGGCCGAUGAUAAUACAUCAACAACAGCAGUAGCAGUUCAUCAUCAUAACGAUGAUAUGUCGGGAGCUCCUGGUGGCCCAACAAUUAAUGAUAUGAAUCGAUACUACAAUGAUUCGGAUAGUUCUUCUACAACAUUUAGUACAAGCGAUGAUGUAUUGGGUGAUGAUCAAGAAGAAGCUCAUCAAGCCAGAGCUGGUAAUAUUGCUCCCGAUCAACAACGAGUAGCAGCUGCUUCUCAUCAUCAACAAUAUCGUCGUUCAGAUAGCACUGAUAAUAUUCCCGAUCUUGAAGACGAUCCACAACAGGCUGCUCAUCAGCGUUCACAACAACAUGUUACGAGUGAUCCAACAGAUGAGUUUUUCUUCGACACAGCUACUUUUGAAUCGAAUGAUAACAGAAGAUAUGAACGAUCUCCAUACUAUGAUCAUCAUCACCAUCACGGUCAUAGACAUUCAAAUCAUUCAUCGCACAAUAAUAGUUUUGAAGAUGCUCUCAACAUGGCCAUACAAGCCUCUUUGCAAGAUCAAAAACGAGAUUCGGAACCUAAAACACCUAUCGAAAAGUAUAGAAAGCAGUCACACAUCCCAAUAGGUUUGAAAAAUAUUGGUAACACGUGCUAUGUAAAUUCUCUUUUCCAAGCGUUCUUCAUGAUUCCCAAAUUGAAGCAAUUAGUGUUUGCUUUUUCCGAAGAAGAAUUUAAAUCCAGAGUUCAAGCUAAAAUUGAAAAAGUUGCAAAUCAACAAAAAGAAAAUGCUACUGACAAGCAACCUUCACAGGCUCAACAACAAGUUUCGAGCCGUACCUUGUUGGAAAGACAGGCUGAAAAAGAUCUGAAUUUCGUAAAAGAAGUUCAAAGACUCUUUGCCAAAAUGAUUCUCACAAAUAGAACAUUUAUAGAUCCAUCAGCGCUGGUGGAUGCACUUUUAAAGGAAGGGGUGGAUGUAAAUAUCGGCUACCAAGAAGACAUUAGUGAAUUUUACAGCAGAAUUUUAAUUUUAUUGGAGAGAAUGUUUUCUCAAGAAUGGGAAGAAAAAAUUGAAAACAAAACAAACAGUAUUAGCCUCGAAAAUCCACUCAAACAAAUAUUUUACGGAAUUUGUACAGAAGAAUUAGAAUAUGAAAAUAGAGAAAAGGAAACAGUUACUGUCAACAAGUUAUCCGAGCUUUGUAAUUUAAUUUUGAACGUUAGCGAAGAAUUGAAUAAUUUUUACGCAUCACUUGACGCCUAUUCCAUAACAGAGAUUGCAGAUUAUUCCAUUGAGACGAACUACAAAUCAAAUGUUGUAAAGACCACCUGGUUCAAAACACCUCCACCUGUAUUAUUAGUUCAAUUACAACGAACAUCGUUUGACACCACCAAAAAAGUUGCUCACAAAAUUAAUCUGCCAUUCGACUUUCAAGAAGUAAUUUUUCUGGACAGAUACUUGGAAUCUAACAAACAUAAAACAAUGUCGAAAAGAGAGAAAAUCAAGCAAAUCAAACUUAAAAUCGCCGACUUGGAGAAUGAGCUCAAUAGCUAUGUGAACUUUCAAGGAAACUCGGGUUUGUCGCUGGAGUUUUUGUUUAAUGGAGUACUAGAAUAUGUUAAUCAAAAGCAACAUGAAUUAUCCACAAAUUCUAAUGACGCAAAAGUUACAGCAAGCUCCAUUGAAAGCUCUGUGAAAAUAUUUGAAAAUAUACGUACUCAAGUGGUGAAGAAAGUAGAAUCAAUCAAGCUUGAAAUUGCAACAUUGAAAGAAAGCGUUCGAACAAUGUUUGACGACAUGCAUGACUGUGCAUAUGAUCUUUGUGCCAUUUUAGUUCAUGAAGGAAGCCUGGCAUCAAGUGGUCAUUAUUUCAUUUACCAUCAUGACAAGCAUUUAAAUACAUGGUGGAAAUACAACGACAUGAAGGUAACAGAAGUCACUGAGGAAGAGGUCAUGAAAACCUCCAAAGGCAAUAACGAUAAGGACAUUAGCUCUAGUGCUUAUUGCUUGGUAUAUGUCGACAGUACCCGAGUGAAUGUUGAGGAAAAGCACUUUAUUUGCAAGGACAUGGCUCUUCAACAAAAAAUUGAAGAAAACAUUGUAUCCCUCAAAGAGUCUUUGCACAAGCUUGAGCACUCUCAUGACUCAUGUUGUAGCCAUCACCAUGACCAUGACCACAUGGAACAAAAGCCCAAUCAUGAUUCCAAAGUUGAGGAUCUACACGAGUACGCCUCUUUAGAAGAAGUUCUAGCAGCUUACCCAGCCACAGCUCGUGACUUGAAAACAGAUAUUCUUGCAGAAAAGUGGAAGACAUUAAUUCCACAAGAUAUUCAAGAGGAAGUUUUGUUCCAAAACAAAAAAUUUGUUGAAGAAGUUCAUAUUUGGAUAGAGCAACAAAAGGAAAAGCGAGAACGUGAGCGCAAGCAUUUCCAACAUCAAUAUAACGAUGCGAUUAACAGAUGCUUCCAAUUUUGCCAAGGUCAGGUCAAUAGUACAUAUACCUAUUCUAUGUCUCUUCAAAACGAUGCCAGAAUUGCAUCGUUCCAGGUAUUCCUGUGUGCCAUUGAUCAAAUUGGGCCUAUGAAAUUUACCAUAGCCGAUCAAAUUUUCUACAGCAUGUUUCAUCGAAAGCUAUUGGAUUUAUUCAUGAGUCUUGAUAAGAGCGACCAAAUGAAAUUCCAUGAAUUUAUGAAUUUGGUGAACUUGACUAUUAGUGAUAUUCCUGACCCCAAAACUAUGGCAUCUCUCACGGAUUUGUAUUCUCUCUUUUGUUUUGUAGCUACUCUGUAUCAUCAUGGUUUGCAUUACUUGUACAGAAAGACAUUUGAUCGUUCCAUUAUUGCCUUUCAAACAGCUAUAAUUUAUGACAAUGUUCUCACCAAAAUGCAUGGCGACAAGAAGCUGAGUAGAAAGAAAGAUAUUAUUACAUACACUGCCGUUUGCUUACAACAAAUCUUUUCACGAGGAUUGAAAACGAUCACAAAGGAUUUCACGGAGGCUAUGAAUUGGAUUCGAUAUGCUGUAGAACACCUGCCUCUUGUCUGGAAUAGCACACUUCCAACGAACGAUUUUGUCUUUGAUAAGAUUUUGAAUUAUUUUCCUGUCUAUAUCAAUGAGAAUCACGUCAAAAUUCAGUAUAAUUGUGCUCAACACGUUGACGAAAUCAUUGAUUAUUGGAAAUAUUUACAGCAACAUCCAAUUUUUAGAAAUUACAAUAUUAGAAAGGACUUGCAAAAUUUAAUUAAUCAGGAUGCUCCUCACGAAGAAAUUGUAAAGUCAAGAAGACUCUUAAAGGCCUCAAAUAUGGAAAUCGACAAAAUGAACAGAGACUUGCUUGCACAGAAUCGUGAAACCUAUACUAUCUCAUUCCCAGAUGAUCCUGAACGUUUAGCUCGUGGAAUUUCUUCUGAAAUUCAUAAUGUAGAAAUGGAAUAUGCAAGAGACAUUCAAAUUCAUCCAAUGUACAAUAGCGAUGCCGAUUUUAUUGCAGAGGAAGAAGCAGAGGAACUUGAUGAGCAAGGCGAUCAGGCAGAAAUUGGAGCAGACAACACUACUGCAGAGCUCUCAAGAGAAAGCUCUUCAUCUCCACAAAUAGCAACAAGUACGACGUCCUCUGCUGUAAGCAAAACUUCAUACACUACUGUUUCGGAUGACAGCCCUCCUUCAUCACAACACGGUGUGAAAUCUGAACCAGCAGCUUCUUCAUUGGAGGAUCAAAUCGAUAUAGACUAA